GCUUGGAUUUAUCGCAAAAUAUUUGCCCAUCGAGUGUGUUAGACAUGGUAGAGUGUAUUCGAAGUGGAAGAACAUUAAGUUGUGGUGAUAUUGGUAUAUAAUUAGGGUAGGCUGGGUGUGCGAUAAGAGUGAUAAUAUUGGUUAAAUAAGGCGAAUGGCGUCGGCGCUGCAGUGUUUACAUCCCGAAGCAAGUGGAUAAAUGCGGCAUUUGUUUUACAAGGAAAAUGUAAAGACUCUUAUAUCAACCACCGCGUAUUUGCCCGACAUUUCUUUUAUAACUGAACGAAACUUGUAUAUACCCACGUGGGUAAGAUAAAUUGCAAAGCAUAAUGCAACAAUUUCAAGUAAACAUUACAACACGACUUCAUCUCCACCGAAUCAAAAAUUAACCCAAAUAUUGUUCAGAUUUUAAAUUAUAGCUUAUAUAUAUAUAUUAAUCUUCAUUAUUCUUUGCCGGUUCUGAACCAUGCACCUUUUAUACAUAUAUUUGUCUUUUGUUUACGUUUCAUCCUACACGACCUCGUCCAACACGUGAUCGUCACCACCAAGUUUUCUGCUCAACGAGACUUUCGCUUCACAUUUGCUCGUGUUUUCUCUAAUGCUGCCUGGUAUUUCUCCAUUAAAGGCAGAUCGUGUGGUAACUUUACGCAAUACCAUUCACGGAAAUGAUCUUGGUGAUUUUAGUAGCAAUGGAUUCCUCUCACCGUCUUGUACACAU